GACCUGUCCACUCUGCCCGGCAGCCGCUGCUGCUACACCCGCUGCGCAACAUUAAAAUUCGACUCCAGAGGUUAAAGUGAGGAAACACCUCCAUGGAGCUUGUGUUUUGAUGAAGGAAUAUACCGGACGACUUGUCCGCCUUUGAGAGCCGUGUUCGUGCUGGGACUCACCCCCGUGUGAAGUGGUACAGUCCCGUUAGUCGCGCUCUGUGAGUCCCGUUAGCAGCGGCAGCAGUUAGCGGGCAGCGAGAAUCAGCAAUAUGCGGAUAAACUGCACUUCACUGUAAAACGGACUCUAUCAUGUACUUUUACCGGCUGGCCAUUUUACUGGGAGCAUCAGUGUGUGUGUGCGAUGGCGUGCAUGUCACAGUGCGGGAGAAGCAGCGGUUUGCGAUGCUCUUCCAGUCCGUGGUCCUCCCGUGUCACUACCAAACGGCCUCCACUCAGACCCCGGUGGUGCAGUGGUGGUACAAGUCCUACUGUCGAGACCGCACGCGGGAGUCCUUCACCCUGCCCGAGAGUCUGGGCAUCCAGGCCUCUGAGCUGGGUGCCACGUCCCACCUGGAGUGCUCCGACAGCAGCCGCACAGUUCGGGUUGUGGCCUCGGCGCAGGGGGCCUCCAUGACGCUGGCAGAGCACUACAAAGGCAGAGACAUCGCCAUCGUAAACAAGGCAGACCUGCGCAUCGGGGAGCUGCAGUGGGGCGACAGUGGAGUGUACUUCUGUAAAGUCGUCAUUGCUGAUGAUCUGGAGGGGAAGAACGAGGCCCAGCUGGAGUUACUGGUGCUCGGCAGGACAGGUCAGCAGGACGAUCUCCUACCUGAGUUUGAUGUGGAGAUUAUGCCAGAAUGGGCGUUUGUGGGCUCUGUCGUCCUGGGCAGUGUCUUGUUCCUGUUAUUUUUGGGGAUCUGCUGGUGUCAGUGUUGUCCUCACUCCUGCUGUUGCUACGUCCGCUGCUGCUGCUGUCCCGACACCUGCUGCUGUCCACGACACCUAUAUGAGGCUGGGAAGAUGGCAAAGAGUGGACUGCCGCCUCAGGUUCCUGUGUAUCCCUACUACAUUCCUGGUGUACCUGCUGUGGUUCCUGUUGCCCCUUCAUCCCAUGUGGACCCAAAGAUCGCCUCUAUCCCCUCACUGGAGAAUAACCUGGCUGGAGUGCGCAGUGGUUAUCGACUGAAAGCCAGUCCAGACCAGGACGCAAUGAAAGUUCUGUACUACAUAGAGAAGGAGCUGACUCAGUUUCCCUCUGCCAAGAUGGCUGCGCUCAAAUCCAGUAGCUUAUCAGAGCUGAGCUCUCUUCAUGAUGGAGGGAACACCGACUUCAGACACACCUAUCAGACGGUCCAGAUGAAGGCGCUCCCGCCCAUCGCAGACCUCGAUGACGAGUCAGUGCUGAGAGCAGCUCCACCGGCACAGAGUCGAAGGCCCAGACGGGACAGAGGCAACCACUCAGACGAUGAGCUCGACAGAAGGUGGAACUCCCGCUCAGAGCACCUGCAGAGAAAGACAUUGAGCAGAAGAGGGCGCACCGGCUCCCUGGACGAGCUGGAGGACUUCGCCCGGUCUUUUGGUUCCCGCGGUCGCCGGGCUGAGCCUCCAGACCGGGUCUAUGAGCGGGAUUACAGCCCUCCCAGGCGUUGCUACAGAGAUGAGGAUGAUGGAUGGGGCCGACGCAGCCCCUCACCAUUAUCACAGAAGAGAAGAGACACAUGGGACAGCGAUCGCCCCUGUCGACUGCCUCAAAGCCAGGGAUACGACGACGCCUACCUCAGCAGUGUUCUGGAGAGCAAGGCGAGGGGGCGGGGAGGGGACAGAGGCGCUGGUAGACCGGAUGAGGACAGUGACACUCCCUCUAAAAGCAGCUCCAGAGGGAAGGGGAGCAAUAGUUACUACAGCCGGUCGCCUAGCAACCGUCCAGAGGAGGAGGACCCUUUGCCUCCGUACUCCGAGUGGGAGGCGGAGCGGUACCGCAGGGCUGACCCGACCACUGAGCGGUACUGCACUGCAGAACCUCCCAGAUCAGAGCGAUACAGGACCACUGAACCAGCCAUGAAGCCUUUCUCUUACACCCGUCCCCACCAGGGGAUGUCCCACACGCUGCAGGGGGGCAGAGACGAGAGAGAAAGGAGCCGAAACCUGAGCACUGCACUGAGCAGGGACUCUCUCAUAGUGUGACAAGGUUUCCCAGCCUCGACCCGCACAGCACUGCCAGUCCGUUCAUUUAAACCGUCCUGUCGCUGUGCAGGAGAAGCUAACUGUUCCGCCAUCAGCCGCAUGACGUCUGGGUCACCUCGCUGAAAUAACUGCACCGACAAAAACAGCAUUAGCGGAUGGAAAAUGCUGUGAAAUGAAUGUGCACAAAGCAGCAUGUGUGGCCUUUUUCCUCAUGUGCAUGAAUUACAUCUGGGUAUAUUGCAUGUGUAGUCUACAGAUGUUAUGUAUGAGGCGUGUGCAUCAGUUUUUAUCUGUUGAGUUUGGUGAGUUGAAUGAGUGGAUUUACUUAAACCUGUGCCAAGAUGUAUUUUUUUAUAAUCUGCCAAUAUCAGAAUGGACCUUUGUUACACUAAGCAGGACGCCACAGUCUUACAUUUCCUACAGACUCCAUACUUCUCACUCGGUGCACUAUAACUCAGGUUCACUUUGUAUUUGUGUGUUUGUCUGUUGUUGAUAUUGUACUGUAUGUAAGUUCUGUACCUUGAAUUUGUUCUGCAGAUUUUAAUUGCACUGCUUAAAUACUUUUUAAAUAAAGAAAACUAAAGAAAUA